UCUCAACGCUACUCAGAAUGGACAAAUCACACAGUCGUUAUGCUAAUUGAUUAAGGAAUUUAAUUGUUUUUCUUUUUUAGUGAAAUUCCUCUCUAAUAUUUAUAUUCGUGUGUCUGUUAUAAAGUAUUGAAUUAUAGGUUUAAAUAAUAAUAUUUUGGUACAUGAAUGACAUUCGAAUGGUAAUUGGCUUUCUGAGUUAAAGGGCGCCCCCUGGAGGAAAACGAUUUUUUUUAGCGGUUAUUAUUGUGUUUUGUGUGUGGAAAAUUCAUCUUUACUAAGAAAUGGCGACCAGUACUAUGGUUUCAUUGCCCACCAGGGAACAGAGAAAGCUGAGGUUUGGAUUGGUGUCUUUAGACAUUUUAACUGACAUUCUGUCCAACCUCAACAAGAGAAACAAAUCCAACUUGGAGAAUGUGUCAGAUCUCUGUGGAUGUCUCAAAGAGAGGAGAAUAGUGGAGUGUGUAUUUCUUCUUUGUGAUGAGCUGGGACUGAACCCUGUGGUUGGAUAUCAGGCCAUCGAAAUACUGGAGAGCACCUUCACUUUGUCUUGCUCUAGGUUUACGACCAAAUAUAUUGAAGAUCUAAUCCGCAGCCAGAAAGGUCAGCCAAUGCAAGGUGCUUCAUCUGAAGACCCAGAGAACUACGAGGAUCUCAUCUUCCAAAUACUCAAGAAGAAGCUCUUUCUCUUCAUCUUCUCAAGCAUUCAGAUAGCCAGCAAACUGGACCUGUACUCGAAUGUGGUUAACAAUGAUAUCGCGAUGAGAUUUCUGCAGGCAGUCAGUUACUCUUCCUCCAAAGAGCAACUCGUGGACUCUGAGAUUCUCAUUUUAAAAACUCUCAACUUUAAUUUGAAUGUCCCAAAUCCUGUAACAUACGUGGAGACUCUUUUGGAAGUGCUGGGCCAUAAUGAUCCGACAGUCCCUGUGGUAGAGCUGCAUCACCUGUGUGUGCAUGUACUGCAGUUUAUUUACCUGCAGAGGGAGACAAUCUACAACUCAUUGCUCAUAUCUGCCACCGGAUGCCCCAAUCCUUCUGAAGAGCAAAGAGCCAAGUUUGUGUCGGUGACGCAGGACUUAAUGCUUCUGGGAGUUGGAGUCAUUGCUGUGGCCGCCUUCAUUCAUCAUAUCUCAACAUGGGAGAAGGUAGUGGAGGAGCUCACAGGGAUAACAGGGAUUUCAAGCCAGAGUAUCGUGGACUUUGCGUAUGUCACCCUGAUGCACAUCACCGAGACCAAAUCCAUGUGAGAAAUAUGAAGUGUGAGGAGCAGAUUAGAGCUCGAGUACAGAUGAAGACUGGUGAUGCUGUGUACACAGCAGGAACAAAAUUACUUUCUAUUUUGAUUUCUUUAAAAAUGUUUGUGUUGUGAAUGAACAAUGUAAAGAUAAAAUAUUAAAAACAUUAAAAUGAAA